AUGCACACACAUAAAUGUGAUUAUGAUUUCUUUGUAAUAGGAGGAGGUUGUGGUGGACUAUCUUUCGCAUAAGAAGCAUGCUAAUUUGGUGCAAAAGGUGCAAUAGCAGAUUUUGUAUAUCCUUCUCCAUAAGGAAAUAAAUGGGGAUUAGGAGGAACAAAUUUAAAUGUAGGAAGCAUUGCUAAAAAAUUCAUGCAUAUAGCUGCUUAAAAUGGGGAAUUACAUAAUUAAUAUGUAAACAUGGGAUAUGGUGAUGUUGAUUAAAAAUCAAAUCAUGAAUGGAAAAAGUUGAUAUCUAGAAUUUAAAAUUAUAUUAAAAAUACAAGCUGGUAAUAUAAAAUUGAUUUAUAAAAUUAAGAAGUUAAAUAUUAUAAUGCUUUUGCAAGUAUUAUUGAAAAAAAUAAAAUUGAAUUAAAAUAUAAAAAUGGAGAUAUAGAAAAAGUUACAGCUAAAUUUAUUAUUAUUGCAGUUGGAUCAAGGCCAAAAUAUUUAGAUGUAGAAGGUUCUCCUCAGCAUGUAAUUACAUCUGAUGAUUUGUUUUAAUAAGAAAAUCCUCCUAAUAAAACACUUAUUGUAGGUGCUUCUUAUGUAGCUUUAGAAACGGCUGGAUUUUUGAAUUCUUUUGGUUAUAAUGUUAGUGUAAUGGUACGUUCAAAAAUAUUGAGAGGAUUUGAUUAAGAAAUAGCAUCUAAAAUCGAAACACAUUACAAAAAUCAUGGAAUCAGAUUUAUAAAAUAUUCCACAAUUAAUAAAAUAGUAUUAUAAAUAGGAAGUGAUAAGAAAGUAUAUUAUAAAAAAUAAGAAUAAAGUUAUUUGAAUGAGGAAUCAUUUGACACAAUAAUUCUUGCUAUAGGUAGAGAAGCCUAAACUAAAAGAUUGAAUUUAGAUAAAAUCAAUUUGAAAAUAAAAAAUAAUGGAAAAAUAAUUUGUAAUGAAGAUGACUCUACUAGUGUUGAUGGUAUAUUUGCAAUAGGUGAUUGCGUCUAUAAAAGACCUAUGUUAGGUUCAACAGCAAAAAAACAGGUUAAUUGUUAGCAAGAAGACUUUUUAAUGGGAAAUCGAAACUUAUUAGUUGGACUUCAUUAUUUAGGUCCACAUGCUGGGGAAGUUGUUUAAGGUUAUGCUUUAGCUUUUUUAUUAAAUGGGACAAAAGAAGAUUUUGAUAAAGCGGCUGGUAUUCAUCCUACUUCAUCUGAGGAAUUUAUUGGUAUGAAGUAAUUUAAGGGAUCAGGAAAAAUGGCAAAGGAAAGUGGAUGCUGAGGUUGAAGCUACCAACUUUUCGAAAAUUUAAUUUUUUUUUUUUCAGGAAAGGAGUUGGUAGUAUAUUUUAAUACUUUCCAUUUUGUUUAUUUUAAGUUUAAAUUUUUUCUUUUUU